AUGACGGCCUACCUUGGUAAGAAGACAUGUGCAUGUAGAGCUUGGCAAUUAACUGGUUACCCUUGUGUGUAUGCAUAUGUUGCCAUUUCAAACCUCGAUAGGGAUCCCGAGGAUUAUGUAUCACCAUGGUUGACCGCAACAAUGUUUGAUGUUGAUGUAGCAAGUGAUGGUGAUAGUGAAGUUCAAAUGGAGCCUGAUAGUGAGGUGGAGUCUUAUGAAGUUUAUUUUGAAGAGGAUAGUCAUAGAUAUGAAGAUGUAGACCAACCUGAGGUUGCAGCUGAAGCUCAAGGGCAUGAUGAAGGUGUAGUUGGAGGGAUUGAAGAAAAGGUAGAAGUUGAAUUACAGGUUGAAGCACUGGUUGAAGUUGAAGUUCAAGAUGGUGAAGACCAGGCUACAGUUGCUGUUUAA